AUGUUGCAUCAGUGCGAGGUCUUCAAUUCCCUUGACUUAGAAGGGUGGUGUGCUUUGGAGGUGGCCUUGGAGACGGAGAGGAGAGGUGAGGAAUCCUGGAGGGGAUCCCCACUUUACCAACAACUCUGUCCACUGGGGCUGGGACACGACAACACAGAUUCAUCGCCAACUUGGUACGUUGAAAGAGUGGAGGUGGAGUCAACUGAAACAGGCGAGAUUUCCCUAUUCCCUUGUAACCAAUGGAUAGACAAAGUGAGUGAAAAUGACGAGGCCUACGUGGACCUACCAAUUCAAUUGGCGCCCUCUACUAUUCCACCUCAAUCAACCAUAUUUUAUGAGUUCAAGAUCUACACAAGCAACAUCCCAAAUGCUGGUACAAAGGCGAGUGUUUACGUCGUACUGACAGGCUUGAAGGGACAAAAGACGAGUGAAGUUCAAUUGAAAGGCGCCUUCAAGCAGGGCUGCUGUGAAAUUCUCUAUGUGGACCUCGAAGAUGUUGGUGAACCUCUACAAAGUCUUCACAUAAGGCACAACAAGGAAGGCAUCAAUGCAAGGUGGCAUUUGGAUCGUGUGGAAGUUCGACCAAUGGGAAGCAAGUUGUCAGAUGAGGAAGUGUACAUUUUUACAUGCAAUCGUUGGCUCUCAGACACGGCCACUGGAGGAGUGACGCUGAAUGCAGCAAUAGGAAAACGCAAGUUGUCAUCUAGGGAGGAGAAAAAUACCUAUGAGAUUGCAGUGACAACCGGUGAGAUGUCAAAUUUCGCCAAUACAUCAGGACAUGUCUAUCUCAGUUUGAUUGAUGCAGACGGGCGGAGGGAGGUGAGACAACUGGUAGCGCGAAAAGGCUCUGUCAAGCCUUUCCAACCCGGAAAGAGUACUUACGUAAAAAAAAGUAAUGCAGAUGUGGAAUUCAUGCCAGUCGACUCCAAAGUGUCAAUACCUUCACCUGCAUCUCCUCCAGAGAGACACAACGUUGAUAUGUCUGAAGUGAAUGGCGAAAUUCCACCAAUACCAUCGCUUGAGAAGCUGCCUCCGGUACCCUCAGAGUCCUCGGUGCCAUCACUGUCACCUGAUAUGCCUUUGCCUUCACCUCCACCAAUAGGAUUCAACGGCAGUCCUCGCAUGCCACCCCUUCAGCAGGAGGGAAACAAUGUGACUAUGGAAGUACCAUCUCGUUUCCACAAUCCACUACCGCCAUUACCACCUACCAAGGAAGAAGAAGAAGGUAACUUUUCUGAUUUUCCUUAA